AUGUGGGAACCUAACUGUGUUGAUAUCAAUUCUCCAAAUUUCCUUGAUUCCGCAAGUACCUAUGUCGUGCGAACGGCGUACCGGCCACUCAAUGUCUCUAAUGAUUGUAACGUUCCUAUCCUGUUAUUAAGAGGCUGGAAUGGCCUUGGGGCUGUCAAGGCGCUCCCUUUAUUCCCUACCAGCACCGCAGAAAUACCGCAGGCUUCGAUACAGCCGCAGCAAUUUGAUAGAUGGAUUGUCGCAUCCAGGCGACGGCAUAUGAAUGCCCAGGACGAUCACCUGACAAGCAUGGACCUUCCUCGACGGCUUGCUGCUGGCUGCAACGGACCCGCUCGCCGCGGGGUGACAAAAGCGCUGCAAGCUGCAUCCUCCCGCAAGGUUAUUUCAAGGUUUCGCACAAGCAUCCAUCUGUGGUGGCCGUUGACUUAUACUCGAUGUAAGAAAUUCUACCCUUGUCCAGAUACUCCCAGUAAUCCCGGGAGGGUAGGCCAUUGCGGGCUCCCGAUCUUGCAGGUAGGUACUUCAAAUGCAGAGCUCCCCUCAACAGAUGAGGUCUCCGAUCAUUAUUACGGCAGUUUGACAUGGCUCAGCCCUACUGCAAGGGGCGCCGGGGCUGCAUUUGCCGUUGCCGCAGAUGUAAGUAGAAGCUUGACCGCAGUUCAUAGCGGGCUGCAAGUCCUGUGCACGACUGAUGUGACCUCGCACCGCUGCACUGAUGAUAUUAAGCAGCGCCUCACCCAGCGCAGCGAGCAGAGCAGCACAUGCACCGCAGGUUGUUUUCCGCAAGCAAAGACAGACAUCGAUAUUACAACAGCUCUUUUGUGGUAUUAUUUAGAGACGUCACCCGAGGCCGAACGAGACCCUACUCGAAGCAUCACACCCGGACCUCUCGCAAGAGUAUCGACGGUUACCACCUGCAUUCGUAUCGCAGGUGAGUUGGUCAUCUCGCAGUCAAGGUUCGACGAUGGAGAUCGGUCACCAUCAACAUCUUUCACUGCUCCUUCCCUAUCGUGCUCGCUGAACGGCACUAGCGCCGAGACUGCCCUUUUAUCACGGCCCUCGCCCCGAAAAUUUCUUCUCUUCUUCACACCACUUCUUCAACACCACAUCGACUUUCGUGGCCACAUUCUUUGUAGCUUUUCACGGACCGUCUCACUUUGGAGUCAAGUCACUACCUCGUUCUCGACAUUGCCAAAAUUUGCCAUCUUCCCGCAAGUAAGUCCGCCACUUCCUUCCAGUUUCACUCCAGCCUUCCGAUCUCGACUGCCCUCACGGCCGACUCAACUCCUCACCGCUAUUCCCUUCACGACGGGAAGAACUUACUCUUCUAACGGGACAGACUCCGGCAUUGGCCUCGAGCUAAUAAUCUCUUCUUCCCAGCCGCUCGAUCUCGGCAUUGCAGCCGCGCAGUUUGCAGCCUCCGUCUUACCGCUAUUGCCAUGGCUUCCGACAGACGGCCAGAUGCAUGCCAUGUACGCACAGCCUGCUCAAACCCAUGGAACGGGCCAGUACCUUUCGCGCGGCGGUCUUCCAGUGUCUCCGCACAUGCCAGGAGGCGAUGUGCAGAAUUUGGCGAGCAAUAUGGGAGCCAUGAAUCUGCACAACUCGUACGGCUCCGGCAGCACAUCGAAGUCCGGAAAUACGUACGACUCCUCGAGUUACGGCAGCCUCCCUCUCAACCAAGGCCAGGGCCUUUGGGUCCCGAACCAACAUGUCAUGUCCAAUAUGUACCCGGUCAUGCCAAACGGAGCUCCGCAACAGUCUGCCAUGCCGCAUUCUCCAGGCAUGUACAGCCAAACUGGUACAUAUAUCCCGCAGACGUACCAGUAUGGUCAAGCUAUGGUGGACCACAGCCCCAUGGCUCCAGGCUGGGCCAGCCGUGUUUCUUCAGGCGAUAUGCCGUCACUGAUGACACCUCGUCGCGAUUCAAUCUCGUCGAAUGAGAACGACAUUCCUGGAACCCCCUACACCAGCACUGGUGGAUAUCGCUACGGAGCGACUACGGCUAUCAUGGACCGCUCCCCGAGCGCGGUCUAUACGAAUAGUGCUACACCGUCACCCUCGCAAUUGACCCACCCGUAUCAGCUCGUUGGCUCCCUGCAGAAGCAACCCUCUAUGCCGACCCUGUCCGCUCAACUCAUGAACCUCUUGCAACAGGAUCCGGCAAUCCCUCGUGCUAUUCCAGCUCCUAGCUCGCCACUCAAGCCACUAGACAGAAGCCUCGAAAACAAGACCGGUGAGACUAACGUGUACAUUCGAGGUCUGCUUCCGGAGACGACGGAUGAGAUGCUUCACACUUGGGGUAAGCGCUUUGGCGAUAUCCAGAGCUCAAAGUCUAUCAUCGACUUGAAGUCCAACCAAUGCAAGGGGCAAGUC